AUCAGGAGCUGGUACAUCAGGCUGGGCAGCGGGCAGAGGCACGUCAGGCUGGGCAGCGGGCAGAGGCACGUCAGGCUGGGCAGCGGGCAGAGGCACGUCAGGCUGGGCAGCGGGCAGAGGCACGUCAGGCUGGGCAGCGGGCAGAGGCACGUCAGGCUGGGCAGCGGGCAGAGGCACGUCAGGCUGGGCAGCGGGCACCGAGUCAUCUGGCACGACACCGGGCCAUCAGGCGGGGCAGCGGGCACCGGGCCAUCAGGCGGGGCAGCGGGCACCGAGUCACCAGGCCGGACCACGGGCACCGAGUCACCAGGCCGGACCACGGGCACCGAGUCACCAGGCCGGACCACGGGCACCGAGUCACCAGGCCGGACCACGGGCACCGAGCUGGAUCGGGUCAUCAGGCUGGAUAGCGUACACUGGGUC